AAAUUAAUUUUCUUUUAGUAUAUGUUAUAUUUUAUUGAUGUUGCGUUUUAAUAUGGUUUCAUCACAUAAGGAGCUUAUAGUAAUGUUCUAUAUAUUUUCGAUGUUAAAUAUGUAAGACUUUGACUUUAAUUAAUGUAAUCAUUAAUCGAUGAUAUUAAUGAUUAAUUCAACGAAAUCAAAAUCUAAUCUAAUAUUUUUAGAAUCAAAAUUAAUUCAAAUUUAUGAAUGGUUUUCUAAUGUUCUACAAGUCUUUUUCAUUUUAAAUUUAAUGAUGUAUAGCGCCCUGUCGAAAAAGUCGAUAAAUCGAUAUUAAUCGAGAUUCAUGACACGAAAAACGAUUUAAAUACUAAACGGUAUUUGUAAUCAGUGGCUACAAUAAUCCGAUUGUUAAAAGUUGAAGUAAAGCAUAUUAAUAUUUGUGAUAAUAUUUAAUACGGUUUUCAUCUGAAAAAAGCAUUGAUUCAACAAAUAAUAUUAUUAAAAGAUAAUGGAUGAUAUUUUGAGAGAAGAAAUAGCAGAUUUAGAAAUUGAGGAAGAGGAAGUGUUAACAGCAGAGAACGCACUUGAAGCAAUUGAAAAUGCAUGGCUUAAUGAGAAAUUUUCUCCAGAAAUUCUUCCACAUAAAUUCGAUCUUGUCGAUUGUAUGUUGCAGCAAAUAAGUCAUAUGGAAGAAAACAUGAAGAGGUUAGAAAGAGACGAUCUACGCUUAGUCGUUCAUAGAAUGGAACUCGAUAGAAUACGAUUCCUUAUUUCUAGUUAUCUCAGAAUACGUUUAGAGAAAAUAGAGAAAUAUACUAUUCAUAUAUUGUCAGAGGAAGCUGGGAGAGAACCAGAUGAAGCUUAUUUAACACCAGGAGAACUUCGAUUCGCUAAGGAUUAUUUAGGCAGUGUCGAAAAUCUUUUCAAAACAGUGGCCUUACAACAUAUGCCUAUUAGCUUUCAAGGAUUUGAAAUUGAUAAAAUUAGCACCAAACCGAAUAUGCAAACUCAUGUUUUUUUAAGAGCUAACGAAAGAAUAACUGGUAUUGUUUUACCAGGUGUCAUAGAUGAAGAAAUAGACUUUGAAGCUGGCUCGCAACAUAUUAUCCAGUACAAUGCUAUUGCUAAUCUAGUAAAAAGUGGUGCAGUGCAGUUAAUAUGAUAAAACAAUAAAAAUUCAUUAAUGGAUGUUCAAGAGAAAUAUGAUACAAAUUUUAUUUCGAAUGAUCGACGUUCGCUGUGGCUUCAUCAAGAAUUAAAAUUUUAUUAUUUUCUAUUAUAGCACGUGCAAGACAAAGUAAUUGCCUUUGUCCUGCACUAAGAUUGCUGCCACUUUCACUUAUUUGAUGAUCUAAAGAAGUAAAUGCACUUUUUAAUUCUACUUCCUCCAUUGUAGCCCAUAAAGCAGCAUCAUCAUGUUUAUGAAAGGGAUCAAGGUUAUCUCGCAAUGAUGCAGAGAAGAGCAUUGGAUCUUGUGGGAUUAUUGAAAUUUUAUUUCGAAGAUCAUGUAGACCAAUCUUCUUAAUAUUAAUUCCAUCUAUGUAAAUUAUACCAUUGAAUUCAGACAAACGGAAUAAGGCUGAAAUUAAUGAAGAUUUACCAGCACCAGUUGUAUAAUAAAAUUUAAAUCUUUUAAAA